AUGUGGACUUUAAUAACUUUAUAUGAACCACCAUAUGAUCAUGAGACCACAGAGUUAAUACCAAAUGCGUGGUUAAUAAACAAUAAAUAUUGUUGGUAUCCAAUAUCAUUCCGACUAUCUACAAUAAAAAGUCUUGCUAAAUCUGAAACAUCGCCAAAUUUUGAUCAGUGGGACAAAUGUAAAAUUGACAUUCUUGAAAAUAAUAUUGAUAAUUAUGAGUAUGGCUUAAAAAUAAUGCUCAGAGCAGCUAAAAAUAAGCCAUUGCAUUCUGAACAUGAACAAAAUAAAGGUCGAGGAAAAAGAAUUAAAAAAAAGUCUACAUAUUUAGAAUUAGGUAAAAAUUCUAGCAGCCCUUCUAACUCUGAUGAUGAUGAUGACAGUAAUGAUAGUUAUCAGCAAUCAAAGAAGCAGAAGAAGUUAGUACAAAAUGAAUUAUUGUCGUUAGAUGAGUAUCCUACAUUCCCAUUAAAUCAACAAAAUAUAGCAAGUACUUCCAACGAUGAUCAAUUAUCAAAAAAACAAACAUUCAUUGAAAUUGAAGAUUUUUCAGAUAUAUUAGGAAGUAUAAUGAAGAAAUCUACGACUGAAAAAAAUGACAUUGAGAAACUACAGAAUGAUGAUGAAUUAUUUGGUACUGAAAAUUUGAUUAGUUUUGAUUGUAAACUGUUACCAAAGAAAAAUAACCGUGGCCAUAGUUGUUUUUUUGAACAUAUCUCGGAUACAAAUGAUACUAAUGCUUUAAUAGUUGCUUUGGGCCAUACAAUGUGCAUGAUAUCUUCUGAUAUUGAAAAGUUGAAAAAAAAUUCAAUUUUUAUGAAAAAAGAGUUGGAAUCAUAUAUGGUUGAAUUACUUGACAGUCGUGCCCGUGAUGAUGAUGGUAAAAAUAAUUCAUUUACAAGUAACAAAUGUCAAGAAGAUAAUAUUUUAUCUUCUUUUCCUUUUAAAAAUGAAAAUGAUUUGAAUAUGAUGGAAAAACAACUCCAAUGUGAAGAUCUACGUUUUACUGAUAAAUUGAUUUCAGCAUUUGUAUUUGCUUCCGAAGGGAAAACAAUUUCCAAAGUCACAAACAAUCUCCUAAAAACCAUCUUCACUAACGAACUUGCAUCAAUGUACAGUUGGAAAGGUCAAAAAAAUAAAAAAAAACUUGAGGAUUUACACAUUUCAAAAGUUAUCAUCGCGGCAGUUCGUAAAAAAUUUGACAAUAUUCAUAAUUGCAAACAAGAAACAAUAACAAGUAUUAUGAGUUGGAUGGCCCAGGCACCUACUAGAAUACAAAGAUCAAAUUCAACAAAAUCAAAUACUGCAGAUCUCAAUAACACUGCAAAUGCCAAUGAUUGA